UGCAUCUGUAUAAAAGGUACAUAUUGAGGUGGGUUUCUGGAGAAAUUAGAGGGGAAUGGAUAUGCCAGCAGACUUCGAUCGUCUUCUCCUUUUCGAACACGCCAUCCGUGCCGCUGAAGUCACCUACGCCAAAAACCCUCUCGACGCCCAAAACUUAACCAAAUGGGGAGCUGCUUUGCUUGAACUAUCCUCAUUUCGAAAUAUCCAUGAAUCUAAAGCUCUGAUUAAAGAAGCCAUAUCGAAAUUGGAGGAAGCAUUAUCAAUUCAGCCAAAUAAUCACGAGGCUUUGUGGUGUAUGGGUAAUGCUCAAACUUCUUAUGCCUUUAUGACUCAUGAUAAAGAUGAAGCUAAAGGUUAUUUCGAUUCCGCUUACAAUUUCUUUCAGAAGGCCGUUGACGAGGAUCCAGGGAAUGAACUUUAUCAGAAAUCAUUUCAAGUGGCUGCAAAGGCUCCUGAAUUACACUCAGAGUUCCUUAGACAGAAUUUGAGUCAACAAGCCAUGGCCUCAGGGGUUGGAGCUGGGUCAUCAACAUCUUCCAAUGCCAGGGGACCAAAACCACAGGAUAGCAGUGAUCUGAAAUAUGACAUAUGUGGAUGGAUUAUUCUUGCUGUGGCUAUUGUGGUGUGGGCAGGAUUUGCAAAAGCUAAUGUACCUCUACCACCUCCAAAAUGAUACAACACAUUGUUUGGCGAUGUCUGCUGGUUUGGAUCAGAUAUUCGAUUAUUGAGUACAUGUUUGCAGUGGUGAGAAAUAGGGACUUCUAUCUGAUUCUAAGUUUUGACCUAGGUAAUGCAAGAUCACAACAAUUUGACCUGAUUAGGGUAUGAUGAUGUCAGUCACUAUGAUCAAAUAUUUUCUCAUGUAAGUCAACCAAGACCAUUUGGCAAAAUCUUGCAACAUGUGUUUCUCUGUA